AAGGCUCUCCCCGUGUAUGCACCUCACCAGUAGGGAAUGUUAUCGAAUGCAAACAUUUAUCACAAGCAACAGAAGGGAUACACAUUAUUUGGGCGCUUGUUGAACUGUGUCACAUCCGGUAUCUGGUUCCACAGAGUGUACACGAGUGUUCAAAUAUACACCCGUUGCCAUGGUUGCACCUUGUUGUCAACAAACAACCGUUGCGGCACCCGCAACCGUCUCGCUGAACGCCUCUGUGAGUGUUGCCAAAACAGGAAUCCCGUCGGGUCGAUGGAUGCGUAUUGCUAAAAAGUUUUCGUGUCAGUGCCUUACUGACCUGGCGAACAUUCUGAGUGUUAGCGGAGCAGAGUUGAAGUCGUAAAGUCGUUUCCCCCCGGACGCAAGGAGCCCGCGCCGCUUUUCUUGUUUGCCAACGCACAUUGCUCCAGCCGUACAGAAUGACCGUGACAAACAUUUUGAUCAUACUCAAUCUCGGAUGUGAAAUGCUGUACGUGAUCGAUCAGCGACUGAAGGCCCAAUCUAUACCGCUAGACAAAUCGGCACAAGUACUACGUGAGAUCACCGAAGUGCUACUCGAUCCCAAGUUUCUGCACUACAUCGCCACGGCCUACCAACAAAGCAUGCUGACCGUGCAGCAGUGUCGAGUACUGCUUACCGACAUUGCAUGCUGUUCGCUGAUGCGGCUCGACAUCAGCUCGAUGGACAAGCUGUGGGAUCUGAUGGUCAUGAUAUUCAAAUGGCAAAUGUUUAUUACCAACAAAAACGCCCAAAUGUUGCUCGAUCUUACGUUCCGCCAUCUCGACGGAAUAGGGCGCUUGAUACCGGAGAUGCGCAAGCAGAUACUUAUCGACAAUGUGAAGAAAUCGCUGCUCGAACUGUGGGAACCGCUGUGCGAGGACGAGCAAACCAUCGUCCAUCGAAAGGUGUACAAAUGGCUCAAGCCUUACAACACAAAAAUAUCCAUUCUCAUACGCAUGGGAUUGCAAAAAUCCACCGGCGAUUUUGAGCCCGAACCGAAGAACAACAUUUUCUACAACUACUACAUCAACAACAUCGGCGAGAACAUUUACUCCAAAACGGCGAACCUAGCGGCACUGAAAGCGCAAAGCGAUUCCAUGGGUACUGCAAGCAGCUCCAGCUCUGAUAUGAUAACGGCCGGGCACGAGAUCGAUACGCUCGUACAGCAAUUGAACAUACAGCACGACCCAACGGAUGAUGCUGCGAACAAUGCGACUGCUACCGCACAAACAAUGCCUCAGACGACAUCCGUACACGGUGGGCUGAAUGAGAUAGUCAUUGCAGAAGGUACCAAUAAAGAGCAUGACAGGAGCCCAUCGACGGCCCAGCUUAAUGGAAAAGAACCCAAUUCCGGACAGGAAACAUCGCCGGAUGAUGUCAACCACUCUUCCAACCACUCGAAGGAAAGCAAUCUGGAUAAGCUGAUGAAGAAAAUAAAGCUCGAAAAGGAAGACUUUAUAGUGGCCGAUAGUGGAGCAAUUGACGCAAAUGCGGAGCUGCUAAAGAUGUUUGAUCAAAAGUUAGAUCUUUGAAGUUGUUUGAAAAUUUGAGGCAAUUAAGAUGAUCUUAGCAAUAUCUUAGUGGUUUGUUUGUGGCUGAAUAAUCUAGUCUUUGCAUGUGAUGUAUUUUCGUAGCGGUAGCGUAUCGUAAUUCUAAACCAAAACAUUUAAUCCGCAAAUAAAAUAAAACGUGUUGUAGUGU